AUGCCGCGCCGGGAGGUGUCGCUGCCGGACGCCUUCGACCUCGUCCUCGGCAAAGAUUGGGACAACUGGCCUCCCGAGGCGGGCCUCCUCGUCGCCGCCUACUACGGUGACAUCCGCCGCCUCAAGGAGAUCGCAAAGAUCAUUGACACUGAGGGGAAAGGGCUUCAGGACACCUUGGCCAACACCCACUUCCUCGGCACGUACGCCCUCCACGCCGCUUGUGACAGUGGCUGCAUGCCUGUCCUCCAGUAUCUGGUCAAGGAUCUCAAAAUUGACGUCAACAAGGCUGAUACCCUGCGAGGCUUCACGCCCAUGAUGCAUGCCGUGCUAUAUGGGAACCUGCCAGCCUUGCGGUUUCUUGUUGAUCACGGCGCUGAUGUUCAUCAUCAGCAUAAAGGAAUGAGUCUUUUUCAUUCAGCUGCAGAGGGCGGGCGGUCUGAAAUAGCCAAAUUCCUGCUUUCUAAAGGAGUUAGUGUUGAUGGGGAAUCAAGUCUCUUGACCCCACUGCUCAUUGCUACUUUUAGAGGAUAUCCUAGCAUUGUGAAGAUUUUAUUGGAGCAUGGUGCAGAUCCCAAUGAGCGUAUGAAUGAUGAAGUUACACCAUUAAGCAUGGCAUUAAAACACUCUUCUAUGCCUUGUUUGAAACUUUUGGUUCAGGCUGGAGCUGAUGUGAAUGGUUUUGGAUCUUAUAAUCCUUUGGCAAAAGCUGCAGAGAAAGGUUUGACUGAAGCUAUCAAGUGCUUGUUGGAAGCUGGUGCAAAUCCAAAUGUUCCUGACACAUUUGGCAGGCUGCCAAUAGAAUUGGCUGCUGAGUAUGGUACAUGGGAAGAUGUUGAACUUCUAUUUCCUGUCACUUCCAAAAUUCCAACAGUGGCAGAUUGGAGUGUUAACGGAGUAAUUAGUCAUGUAUACAUGGAAGUCAUGCAACUAGAGGAUGAUGCAUUUGUCAAAAAGAAAAAGUCCGAGCUGAAAAGACAAGGAGCUGAUGCAUUUAGUAAGGAGGAUUAUCUAAACGCGUCAGUAUUCUACACACAGGCCUUGAAGGUUGAUCAGUUCGACGCUACAUUGUUCUCAAACAGGAGCCUUUGCUGGCUUCGCCUGGGUGAUGGAAAGAAGGCUUUGCUUGAUGCUAUGAAAUGCAAACAUCUGCGCCCGAAGUGGGGGAAGGCCUACUACCGGCAAGGAGCUGCCCUGAUGUUUCUGGAGGAUUAUGACAGUGCUUAUGAUGCAUUCAAUCGUGGCUUGGAGUUGGACCCUGAAAGUGAAGAGAUGGAGAAAUUGCUUUGGGAGGCGAUGGACCUCAAGACCACCUGA